AUGCACGUCCAGGACGUCAUAAUACCCUCUUAUGAGACUAGUCGUGUGCUUCAAGGGCGUUUGUACAGCUCAUCUGCUGACAUCUCGUCUUGCACGGGUGUCGCUGUUGUCGCUCAUCCGUACGGCCCGCUAGGAGGCUCACAUGAUGAUCCAGUCGUCGUCGCCUUAGCACAAGCACUGACUCAGUCUUGCUUCCUUGCUGCUACAUUCAAUUUCGGCUCGCCUACUUCUUGGCGCUGCUCGAGAGAACGUGCUGACUAUCUGGCAGUCCUGAAGUUCGCCCUCGACAAAGUAUCAUAUAUCAAGCAAGUCGUAUGCUGUGGCUACUCCUAUGGUACGCUGUGUCUGCCUCCACUCAUGGAAAUACGGACACUUUGUGCGUCGGAAAGUGUAGUAGGCUACAUACUGGUCUCGCCAUUGUUACCGCCCGUUAGCACUCUCUUGACGCUGUCUACGAAGGACGCGUACACACACAUCAGAGAAUCAGCAGAACGGGAGAACAGCACAUGCCUUGCCAUCUUUGGCGAUUGUGACCAGUUCACUUCGCAUAAGCGUCUGGAUCGUGCCUGGCAGGGGCAUGGCAGGACUGUCCCUGGAGCAGACCACUUUUGGCGAGGCAGGGGCCAGAUCCAGUCCCUGGUUGAGUAUGUCCACGAGUACACAGACGCCCUGACACAGCGCCCAUGAGCAUUUCCAUACGAUCCAUGGGACCAUAGCUGCCUGCGUACAUCCUGCCCCUUGCCUUGUCAUGUGUCACCUGCGCAAUCAACCUACAUACGACACCAGCUCACGCGUAGACACGCACACUCCCUGCUCCCCUCCAUCUCCUGACACUGCCCGAGUCUGGCGACCUCUCUCCGCUGCUAUAUGCUACUGCUGUUCAUACUGUCUUUUCAUACUAGACCCUCAGAGACCAUCAUGAGCGCAACGACGCACGAGACGGAGGAUUCACACAGCAGCAGUGCAAUGGCCCCAUCGUCGCCAGCCAGCAGUAC